GAAUCUGUGUUCUGUUGAGAUUGAGAUUGAGAUUCGAUUAGUUUGAGAUUUGUGUUCUGUUGGUUAAAGAAUCUGGGCUCCUGGAAUCACGGAGGAAGAGAGGAGGUGGUCAAUAACAUUGUCAACAAGCCCGGCACAGCUUCCCGAGCAUCAACCACAACAUUUGGGGUCAAACAAUCCGAUAUCGCUGAGAGAGGACAAAAUGCAAAGCAAGGGAGGCUCCAUCAAUCCCAAAGCUGCAUUGAAGCUUGAUCACUUGCAGAGGCUAGCUUUAUGGACUGGUGGGGAGACUUCUAUUCCCUCUUUGGGGGCCUUCUUUGGGCACAAGUUGGCUUCUACUCAAGAGGGUCUGGAUGUGCCCGCUGACCUUUCUAUGGUUUCUUGCCAGAGAUGUGAAACAGUUCUGCAGCCUGGCUUCAACUGUACUAUUCGAAUUGAAAAAAAUAGGGCAAAGGCACGACGAAGAAGUAAGAAGCCCGCUAAUUUCACUUUCACCCAGAACAAUGUAGUGUAUACAUGUCACUUCUGUUCUGAAAGGAAUGUGAAGAGAGGGACUUCACGUGGACAUGUGAAAGCGAUAUGCCCCUCAAAGAUAAAAAAAGCUUCAGAUUUGAAACCUGCUAAAUACAUUUCUCAGAAGUUUGCCACCCCAAAGAAGACCAAUGCAGAUGAGGUUAAGGUUAGUAAAUUGAAAACCAGAACUCCAACUCCGGAUGAAGAGAUUCCUACUGUGGAUAAGAUCGUCACUUCAACAACAAUAGAUGAAGAUAUUCCUACUGUGGACAGUCCUACAACUCCCAUGGUGAAACCUGUGGUUACUUUGUUGGACUCGAAGAGGAAGAAGAGAAACAGAUCAGUAUCAAAGAAACGACCUGAACCCGAAACCAGUCCUGCCCCAGCAGAUGCAGAGAACUCCACCAGCACGACAAACAAACGGAGGAGAAAAUCAUGGACUAGUUUGAAGGAACUCGCUGAAAGAAAUGAGCAGAAGAAAAACAUCAGUGAUCUGUCAAUCCCUUUCUUUUUGUAAAUGGGAUGAUACCUUAGUGUGCCUUCAAAUAUGGAAUUUUGAGAGACAACAUUCCUUAAUUCUUGGUU